ACUUCCGCGCUCCUUUUUGUCCGCCAUCGACGUUGCGAUUUUGCGGUGCUGUUCGGGUUAGGGAGCUAGGACAGAGCUCUUCAUAUUCUCCCGUGUACCGUUCCCAAUUUUUUUUCUAAAGUAAACAUGCAGAACUUCUAUCAGCUUUUAGACACGGCUAAGCGGAGCCCAUUUAUUCGGCCGUUCACGGCGAAAUGCGAAACGCCGACCGACUCGCUAGUGGCAACUGCUGCACCGGCAGCGAGGACCUUCAGCGCGGCUGCAACACCCGAUCCUGUAGAGUACGGUUCAAUGAAAUACUUUGCACUGUGCGGUUUCGGAGGCAUUCUCAGCUGCGGUAUCACGCACACGGGUGUUGUACCCCUCGACCUGGUGAAAUGCAGGAUUCAGACAAACCCGGGCAAAUACAAGAGCAUCUUCAACGGCUUCUCUGUCACCGUCAAGGAGGAGGGCAUGCGAGGCCUGGGGCGAGGAUGGGCUCCCACCUGCAUCGGCUACUCAAUGCAGGGGCUCGGCAAGUUUGGCUUCUAUGAAGUCUUCAAAAUCCUCUACAGUAACAUCCUUGGAGAGGAACUGUCCUACGUGUGGCGUACUUCCCUCUACUUGGCGGCAAGUGCUUCGGCCGAGUUCUUUGCAGACAUUGCCCUGUGCCCCAUGGAAGCUGUCAAAGUCCGUAUCCAGACUCAGCCUGGGUGCUCUCCAUACCUUCACAGAGUUGCACCUCAGAUAUUGAGAGAGGAAGGCCUCAAUGGGUUCUACAAAGGCAUUGGCCCACUGUGGAUGAGGCAGAUUCCUUACACGAUGAUGAAGUUCGCUUGCUUUGAGCGUACCGUAGAGCUCCUCUACAAGCACGUCGUGCCCAAGCCACGGGACAAGUGCUCCAAACCCGAACAGCUGGUGGUCACCUUUAUUGCUGGAUACAUCGCUGGAGUGUUCUGUGCCAUCGUAUCCCACCCUGCAGACACUGUUGUAUCCAAGCUGAACCAGGAGAAGGGAAGCACAGCUCUGGAAGCUGCGAAGAAGUUAGGAUGGGGAGGUCUCUGGAAGGGCUUAACCCCCCGUAUCAUCAUGAUUGGUACCCUGACCGCUCUACAGUGGUUCAUCUAUGAUGCCGUAAAGGUGUGGCUGCGCCUGCCACGUCCACCACCCCCCGAGAUGCCCCAGUCUCUGAAGGACAAGCUGGCUAAGGCUCAACAGUGAGCUGUGACUUAAGGACAACGGUUCUGCUCUUGGGGGAAAAGGAGGGGGGGUUAGAGGACAGUUGGGGCGGGAAGGGAAGACUCUCUUUAGGCUGUUGUACAAAUUGCGCAUACAAUAAAAUGGAAGAGCACAAAAGUGUC